CGUUGACUGUCGAUCGAUCGAGGCGUGUCUCCGUGAGAAGCGCUCGUCCUGUACCGACUGGCGCCUCGAGUAUCCUUGCUGUGAGGUGGUUCUUCCGUGGUGUUGAUUUUGAUCUAUUUCCGUCCAGCCCAGUCCCCGCUUGGCCGAGAUCUGAUGGUUUGAACCCGCGCCGUUUGAACCUACCUGGUACCUGGUGCUAAUUGGUUGAGUUCGCUUCCAUGCGAAAGACGUGUAUCUGCGACUGACUGACGAGAGCGUGUGGUCGGAAGGCACCUUUCAGCAACCUUUCAGCUUCCGUCAGCAGCAGCAGCAGCAGCAGAGAGUUCAGCGAUCAACCAUCAACCAAAACGUUCGACGUUCACCAGAACUCGAGUGGUCCACGCUGGACAGCAAGUGAUAAAUACGAUUAACACGAAAAGCUAAGCUGACUCCAGUUCCAGACAAGUUCCCUCGGUGACUCGACGUGUGCUAGACCCGUACCCUUUUGUGCCGGGGAGCCGUAGAGUACAGUCGUAGAGUCGUGAGGGCCCGCUCUGCCGAACGCCUUCGAUCGGGAGCUCGUGCACUCUAGAGAACGUAGGCGCGUUACAUGUAUCCAGCGAUUGCGAGGCUCCACAACGUGGCUAGGCUCCGCUUCCGGGAACGCAACAACGGUCUGGUACAGUUCGGUUUCGUGUACUGUGCAAAAAUGUGCAAGAAAAAAUAAUCCCCCGAUAACUGGACGACAAACUGUGCCCCAGCACCCAGGAGUGGUGGACGUGGACUGUGGUGGACGUGGACCGUGGUGAUCAGCGACCAGGUCCACGAAAGUGAGUUCCCGUGAUCUCCAAAGUGUCCAGGUGAACAUUGUGAAGACCCAGAAAAAAAAAACCAGACCAAAAGUUCAGUCGGGCAAGCUUGAACUUGGCCAGGAUUCAGCGAACCACGCGAACCUGGAGGAAGAUCUGGAUCGGGGCGGUUCAACAUUCACGUGGGAAAAGGCGUGUGUGCCUGCUACUGCUGAGCUGACUAUUGAAUCCCCUCGGAAACGUGAGUGAGUGCUAAUCAAUUCACCUGUGCCUUCUGGUCUGGCUUGUUGGGGCACCAAGCGGACGCAGACCCAGUGGCCCGUCUCUUUGUAUCUUCUGCUAGAGCUAGAGCAAACCGAUCGACGGACACGGUGUACGCGAUCCCAAAACGGCGAACGUCGCGUGGGUGUCCAAUUUGAGCCAACGAUGGGAAACAACCCCGAUGGAGCCAACACGGUAGACCUGCUGGAGAGUGGUGGCGUCGACUACGAGCAGGCACUGUCGCUGACGGGCUUCGGAUGGUUCCACUACCGUUUGCUGGCCUUGUGCGGGCUCAUCUAUGCGAACACUGCGAUCGGUGUGACCAUAAUUUCGUUCGUCCUGCCUUCCGCGACCUGCGUCUUCCAGAUGACGUCCGAGGAUAAGGGAUGGCUAACGGCUGCACCGAUGCUAGGCAUGGUAAUUGGAUCGUACUUCUGGGGCUGCCUGGCGGACACCAAGGGGCGGCGAGUGGUGCUCAUCGUUGCCCUGCUACUGGACGGCAUCAUUGGGAUUCUGUCUACUGCCUCGCAAAAGUUUCCACUCUUCAUGUUUCUCCGGUUCAUCAACGGCUUUGCCAUAACUGGCGCGAUGGGCAUUUGCUUUCCGUACCUGGGCGAAUUCCAGCCGACGGCCUACCGCGAGAAGAUCCUCUGCUGGAUGGAGCUCUUCUGGACGCUCGGCAUCAUCGUGCUACCGUGCAUCGCCUGGCUCGUGAUACCGUUGGACUUUCGGUUCCAAAGCCCCAGCGGCUUCCUGUUCAGCAGCUGGAACCUAUUUGUGGCUCUCAGCGCCAUACCCAGCCUGCUGCUCGGCCUUUGGCUGCUCUACUUUCCCGAGAGCCCGAAGUUUUUGAUCGAAUGUGGCGAGGAGGAGCUGGCGAUUGAAAUACUCAAGGACAUGUACCACAUCAAUACGGGGUGCGUUCGGGACGACUACCCGAUCACUGGACUGAAGGAGCGGGAAAAGGGCAACACCAUCAUGGAGACCCACAAGCGCUCGAUCCGGACCUUCAGCAUGCACAAGCCGAAGCACAUGAAGAUUCUGCUCGGCGAAAUCUGGGAGCAAACGAAGGCACUGUGCGGGCCACAGUUCCGGCGCAACACGGUGCUGGCGUGCAUGAUCCAGUUCGGCAUCACCACCAGCUACUACACGCUGAUGAUCUGGUUCCCGGAGCUGUUCGGGCGGUUCGAGGAGUACGAGAAGCGCUACCCGAACGCGUCCGUCUCCGUGUGCGACGUGUCGUCGGUCGUGCUGGAGAACGUCAACGGCACGCUGGUGGACGACUUCUGUGGCACUGAGAUCGACACGAAGGUGUACUGGCACACGCUGCUGCUGGGGUUCGCCUGCAUCCCGACCAGCUUCUGGUUGCCCCUGUGCGUCCACCGACUCGGUGCCAAAUUUUUCCUAAUUUUCAGCCUGAUGGUGGCCGGUGCCGUAACGGUGGGGCUCUCGUACGUCCACAACUCCACCCAGAACCUGCUGUUGUCCUGCAUUUUCGAAGCACUAACAUCGAUGGGCAUCAGCACCGUCUACUGCGUGAUGGUGGAUCUCUUCCCGACCAACCUGCGGGUGAUGGCCGCUGCUCUCUCGCUCACGUGCGGACGUGGAGGUGCUCUGCUCGGGAACAUACUGUUCGGGUUUCUGGUGGAUCUCAACUGCUCCAUCCCGGUGGUGCUGUUUUCCGCUAUGCUUUUCGGGAGUGCGAUUCUGUGCUUUUUCCUGCCCAACACGGGCAGCAAGGCGCUCGAGUAGGAUUCCCGAUAUUGCUACGUGCUACGUGAAACGGCCCCUUGGAAACGGCUGGCGCCUGGAAGACCUGGCAUUGUACAGACGUGGCGUCAGGCAACACCGCCCAGUUGUAGUAAGGGUGUCCAAAUCUAUACAUUACAUAAUACGUAUAUGUUCUUUAACAAGCUGGCCGUUGUCGGACACGUCGAACAGUCUUGAGUACUUGACCGGCGUUCGGACCAGCUUAGGAUGAGGUAGUGGAUCAAUGUGGAAGUGAAAAGCAACACCGGAGCAGCCCCUCUUUUGGAACGGCUAUGGAACACUGGGCGGAAUUCAGUGACGUUGCGAUUCCCGGUGUAGCGUAUUUAAUAACAGAAGUAUUCUUUUAUUAGUACUAAAGCAAACAAUCUAGUAACUAAGGUGCUUGAUAAGAAGCAAGAAGAACUACUACUACUACUACUACUACUACUACUACUACUACGGUGCUGGUGGAGAUGGCGGUGGUCGUGAGAGUUUUUUCGGUUUUGUGAUCCAAAAACAACACACAAACACGCGAUACGUGUUGCUGUGUGUUGUGCCCUAGCAGUGACAUUAACGCUAAAAUUCCACAGUAACCUGUAGCACCUGUCAACUAAAAACCGGUAGCAGCGGCCCUCGAGUUGUGUGCCACGCCUGCGUACGUGGACGGGGGGGAAAGAAAAAGAAACAUAACCAAAAAUAAAAAGAAACGUUACU